AUGGGUCUCUGCAUUCAAGAUAAGAAGUCAGACCACAACACACCGCCCCAUUUGCUGGAGACUCGGCAAGGGCUGUUCCAGCAGGCAAACUACUUUUCUAAACUUGCAAAGCCUCCCUCCAUAUGCAAAAUAGUGGGAAAAACCAUCCUGGACGGACUGGGACUUCCUACUCUACAGGUGGAAAUCUCCUGCACCAUUCAAAAUUUCCCCAAGUAUAUCUGUUCCGUGGUGAUACCUGCUCACUUCGAAGUCCCCGAGAAUGCUUUGCCAGAGGUGGUGGACGCCGAGGAGGCAAAAAGGCAGCUGGCAGUGACCACAGCUGUGCAGUGGGUCAACGAGUCCAUGACAGAGCAGCUGUGGGGUCUGAUCCCCUUCAACCAGGCCGAGGUGGACAGCAGGCUCAGGAUAUUCUUUGAAAAUAAAGUACAAGAAGAUAAAGAGAGAAGAGAAUUGGAGAGGAGCCCUGAGGAGCCCGUGCUCGUGCCUUCCCCUUUAAUGCCACAGCCACCUCCGCCACCUGCCCCCAAAAAGAAAGGACAGAAGCAAGGGCGGAGGGACACUCUUGUGGAGAAACCUGUCCUACCCGCAGAGCCCCCCGAACCAAUCCUCCAUGGCAGCAUGGCCAUCGGCGCCGUGUCACUAGCUGUUAUCAAAGCCAGUGCCCACCUGACCAGUACCCCCCUGUACAUGAGCAUCACGUCACUGAAGCAUGGCCAGGAGCAGCCCUCGAACUUCUCUAUGCCUUUGCUGAUGGGAUCUGUACUCAGCUGUGGGAAGUCAUCGCCUGGGAAGCUAAAUCUCAUGAAAGAAGUGAUGUGCAUACCCCAUCCCGGAUUAACAGCCAAACAAGGUAUAGAGUUGCUUCUGGAAAUUCAGAAACAAAUUAACAGAAUGAUGGAGAUGCUCCCAACUCCAAAACCAGAGACCAAAAAGGGGCAUGAUGCAAGCAAAAGAUUGCAGCAGCCCAUCACUGGCAAGAUGUCCCAUCUUGGCUGUCUAAACACUAACUAUGACACCAUAGAGCAGCCACUGCUUCUUAUCCAAGGGGUCUGCUCGAGCCUGGGGCUAGAGCUGGGAACCAACCUGCACCUGGCCAUCAACUGCGCCGCCCACGAGCUGAUGGACUAUAGUAAAGGGAAGUACGAAGUGAUGGUGGGCGCCCACAAGAACAUGGCCGAGAUGAUGGAGCUGUACGUGGAUCUGAUCAACAAGUAUCCCUUCAUCAUUGCCUUAAUCGAUCCUUUCAGGAAGGAGGACUCUGAACAGUGGGACAGCAUCUAUACUGCUCUGGCUUCCAGGUGCUACAUAAUUGCAGGGGCCGCUUCCAGAAGCAUCUCUAAGGUCCUAGAGCACAGAAAUACCAGCACCCCCAAGUCCCAUGGGCUGAUCAUAAGCCACACAAACCAAACCACAAUGUCUGACCUGGUGGAAAUAAGCCAUCUUCUCGACAGUCAGAAGCAGCUGGCCAUCUUUGGGAGCACAGAAGCAGAGUCCUCUGAUGACAGCCUUGUCGAUCUGGCUGUUGGACUCGGUGCCCGGUUUAUCAAGUUGGGGGGUCUUUCUCGGGGUGAACGGGUGACCAAAUACAACCGCCUCCUUACUAUAGAGGAAGAACUCAUCCAGAGUGGAACAUGGGGUUUCAGUGAGGAACACAAUUUUUCUUCCUUUCAAGAAGACGCUGAAAAGACACUGGAGUCUACAGCCAUGAUGGCCGAGGAAACUCUUGGGCCACUGGAGUCCAUCUUCCCCACAGAAGUGUAGGAAUCAGCUAAAACAUGA